UAAAAUGGAGUACACUGAAAUAUGAAUUCAAAUUAACUUUUGUCUGCUUCCGCCUAAAGGCCUCAUGACAAAGUACAAUUGCGUAGUCUAAAUAUAGAUCAUUAUAAGUAGGGCUUUCAGUGAGCUGAAAAGGCGUAUUCGGUUUCGGAGCUGUUACACUUCACCCGGCCGGAAGAACACACUGUAUUGAGCAGGCACUGCAGCCCAAGUCAGAGGAGGGAUGAAGGUUCACGUCGGCACUUCGGUGAAGCGCCCUGGAAGCCGGGGACCGACACCGCUAAAGGAACCUGAUGCAAAGGCUGUCAAGGAGUGUGCCAUGGAGCUGAGGAAGGUCGGGGAUCUGCUCAGCUUCCUCCACAUCAUGCUGAAUACUGUCAGCAAGAUGUUUCAACUAUCUACGUGAACCCCUCGGUUGAAGCUGCAACACCAUGAAAAGAUUGAAAAAAAAAUCUGGAAUCGACGAUCUUUAACUUCUCGGAAGUAUUCGUGUCUGGGCAUGUCAACAACGGAGAACAGAUUGCAUUGAUGUGGAAGUGAAGAAAUAAUAUUGUGAGGAUUUGUAUUUAGAAGUAAGGUAUGAUGUGAGGAUGGCCAGUAAAGUUACAAGCCGAAGAUGAAGCAAAAUCUGGAAGUGGAAGGAUUUAGCUUGGGAAGUUGUAACUGCAAAAGCGCAUUAUAAAAAAGCUGAGUAGAAAUUUAACGUGUAACAAACGGAGCCUUUUUUAACGGGACAAACAGCCUUUUUUUCCAAUUUAAAUUUGUAUACAUGUUGGAGAAGUUUGUUGCUUAUAGAGAAACUUUCUAAUUGUGAAACCAGCUGCAAAUAUGAAAAAAUGGAUGCAUGAGCUUUGUGUAAGUCAUGAAAGAUGUGUUGAAUUUUUAGCGGUUUUAUGAAAGAUUAUGUUUAUUAUAAGUCUUUUGUGAUACAAUUAAAUGUUUGAGAUACAUUUUCCAUUAUUGGUACAAAAUUAAAGGAAUGACGUACUGUAGCUUCUAUCUUUGUAUGAGCAAAAUUAAAGGAUAGUUUGAGCUACUAUCUUUGCAUGAGCAUUAGUGGGGGGAAUGUAUUGGAAAUGACUUUAAACAUUUUAAAAGUUCUCCAGUUUAAUAGUGAACUUGGCAUUAAUCUAAUAUUUAGCUUUCUCAAUUAUUGUAUUAUGACAAAGUGUUAUAAGACAAAACUAUUUGAUCUAGUUUAUACAAAUACAUUAAAUCUUUAAUUGUUCUCAUAGUUUCAUUUCUUUUAUGUGGCCUCAGUACUACUAAAAUUCUGGCUGUGAUAUACAAGCAUGUGUAUUAGGAGCAGGCACUCAAACCUGUUCUGCCAGUCUGUGAGAACAUGGCUGCUGGUCUAUCUGCGCCUGUUACACCACUGGCAUUUAAGGCAGCAGUGAAUGUCCUCCAUCUUUGUCUGAAAAUACCUUCCCAGACAGAUACAGAAGGAUUCUUCAUUGCUGUUUCCAUAACAAUUUUUUUGACCAUUAAAAGUUGUCAGACCUGGGCUCUGGUGGACCUCCCUUAGUCUGGCCUCUAUCCUUUGACCUGUUUGGCAUGGGUGACACUACCAAGAGCCAAAGUAUAAGGGUGUGACUCCAGCCAGCAUAGCUCUCCAGGUCAGUGAGGCAGGCAAGCCUCCACACCGUAUGGCAGGCUUGUUUUCCUUUUGGGGGAAGAGCAUGCUGAUCCAUCUAUAAUUCUGCUUUCUUAUUUAUCUCUCAAUAACCUUCCAUCCCCUUAUUUAGAAUUACUUACUACUGUUUAAGUACGUUCAAAAACUGUAUUGUUAAGUGAUCUAAAGACUCAUGUGGAGUUUUUUUUAAAAAGACCUGCUCAAAUGGAGCUGUGGAGAAUGGUAUAAAUACUAGAGCUACUGCCUCAUUGUAUCAGAAACCUGGGUUCAGUACUGACCGAGUGCUGCCUGUGUAAAUUUUGCUGUGACCCUGGGAAUCUUCUGUGUGCUAUAGUUUCCUUUCACACCAUAAAGACAGAUAGAUUUUUAAGAUUAUUAGAGGCGCGUAUGUUGUUAAGUGGUGAUAUUGGUGGGGGGGGGGGGAGGAGAAUGUGCAGAGAAUUUUUUUUAAAUGGCGAUUAAUGCAAGGUUAAUUUUAUUGGGGAUUUAAAGGUCACUGCCAAUUUGAUGGGCUGGUUUGGUGCUUUGACCCAAAUAUAGCUGUAAUGCACAAGGUCACAAGGAUUUGGGAUUGACUUAUUUAUUAAAGUCCAUCAAAAAUUCCAGUGAGAUGUGUCAUUAGAAUCAGCGAUCAACACGGUCUGAGGAUUUGCUGGAGGCAGCCUGCAAGUGACAGUGUCCAUCCAGUGCCAAAAUGGCAAGCCCACAAGCUACUAACCCUAACUCAUGUCUUUGGAAAAUGGGACGAAGCUGGAACCUCUGAGGAAAUCUACAUCGUCACAGAGAGUGUGCAGUUCAAAAACUUGCACUCCCCUUUUUAAACUCCCCUUGUCUCCAUUUUUUGAAUUUUUGGUAAGAUGCAAAGCUGAAACCAGGAGCAGGAAUAUGGGUAGGUCUAAGUGACAUGAGAUGUUUUUUCUAUUUUAAUAAUUCAGAGAAGAAUAGUUUACAGAAGAGAUUCUACUUGCAGAUAAACCAAAACGAUAGAUUUUGAGUAAGAAUUACGCCAGUCUCUUGUGGGGUUAAGAGGUGAGAACAGGCAUAGACCAUUUGGACCUUUGACCUUUCUUUUGCCCCAUUCAUCAAGAACACAAGUGAUUUACCACUCAACACAAUUUUGCUGUUGUAUUCCUUCCAAAAAAAACUUUGGAAAUCCAAUUAAACUAUAUCCACAGGUUGGUUGUCUGUUCCAUUAAUUAUGAUGUCAAAAACUCCCAUAGACUAGUCAAACAUUGGUUUUUCAUAAAUUCAUGCUAAUUUGGGGUCAAUGCUGUUUUGUUAUUAUACAUUGCUGUAAAGGUUCCCACAUUUUUACUGCCACUGACAUUAGGCUAGAUUUUUAACCUUUUUCUCUUUCACCUUUCUUAAACUGAGGGAUCAUAUUUGUCACCCUUAAAUCAAUUGGACUCAACAUUUUUUCAGACGAAAAUCAGAGUGCCCACUGUCUCUUGUCACCCUUUUCAGAAUUCUGGGAGGUUAUUGAGUCCUCAGAAUUUUUCAGUUUUUAUUCUCAUAUCUUCCGGCUAGUGGUGUAGUUGCAUCAGCACUGGCAAAUGGUCCCGAGUUUGAAUCUGGCCGGCUCCUUGCACACUUUCAUCCCUGAUGGGUUAAGUGUCGAACUAGCAAUUUAGACUCAUAAGAUAGUCCAAAUGCUUUGGAAGUGGCAAAAGUGCCAUCCGACCCGCCACAAGAAAAGAAAAGGAGUAACAACAAUUGUCAUAGUCUUCACUGGUACUUGUUUCUAUUUAUUUCCCUCAAUUCUUCAUUCUCAGUCGACCCUUGGUUCGGCAGUAUUUUUGGAAGUUUUUAAUCUUUCUUCCCUGAAGACUGACAGAGUAGUUGUUGGUUCUAGCACUCCUUAUUCACCAUUAUAAGUUCUGCCUCUGUCUGUAAGGGAGCAAUACAUAUCCUCUUCAGUCUUUUCCUUUCUGCAUACAAAUUGAAGCUUUUACAGUCUACGUUAAGAUCUUUACCAUUGUCAAUCAUACCCUUAUUUCUCCAGAGGGCAGUGAAUCGGUGGAAUUCAUUGCCACAGGUGGCUGUGGAGGCCAAAUCAUUGGGUAUGUUUAGAGGAUCAUAGGUUGUUGAUUAGUAAGGGUGUCGAAGGUAAGGCUGGAGAAUGGUGUUGAGAGGGAUAACGAGUUAGCCCUGUGGAAUAGUGGGUCUAAUUCCGCUCCUGUGUCUUAUGGUCUUUAUCAAUUUCUUGGUCCUCCUUUGCUGAGUUCCAAAAGGUUCUUUACACAGAUAGUUAUGCAUGUACCAAAUCCAAUACCUGAAUUAUAAAAAUGGUUUCAGGUGUUGAUAAGCUUACUUUGGUGCCAGGAAUGUUAGAUGUCAAGUCAAGUCAACUUUUAUUGUCAUUUCGACCAUAACUCUCAAGAAAUAGUCAAGAAGAGCCAAGUGAAAUAGGAAUUGAUAUGAAAGGAGAGGGGAGUACUGAAUUAAAAGUAUUAUAUAUGAAUGCACGAAGUAUAAGGAAUAAAGUAGAUGAGCUUGAGGCUCAGUUGGAAAUUGGCAAGUACAAUGUUGUGGGAAUAACUGAGACAUGGCUUCAAGCGGACAGGGCCUGGGAAAUGAAUAUUCAAGGAUAUACAUCUUAUCGAAAAGAGAGACUGACUGGCAGAGGGGGUGGGGUGGCUCUGUUGCUGAGGAAUGAUAUUCAGUCCCUUGCGAGGGGAGACAUAGAAUCUGGGGAUGCAGAGUCAGUAUGGAUAGAACUGAGAAAUUCUAAGGGUAGAAAGACCCUAAUGGGAGUUAUCUACAGGCCACCAAACAGCAGUUUGGAUGUAGGGUGUAAGUUGAAUGAAGAGUUAAAAUCGGCAUGUCGCAAAGGUAGUGAUACAGUUGUCAUGGGGGAUUUCAACAUGCAGGUAGACUGGGAGAAUCAGAAUGGUACUGGACCCCAAGAAAGGGAGUUUGUGGAGUGCAUCCGAGAUGGAUUCUUAGAACAGCUUGUACUGGAGCCUACCAGGGAGAAGGCAAUUCUAGAUUUAGUGUUGUGCAAUGAACUGGAUUUGAUCAGGGACCUCGAGGUAAAGGAACCAUUAGGAGGUAGUGACCAUAAUAUGAUAUGUUUUAACCUACAAUUUGAGAAGGAGAAGGGAAAAUUGGAUGUGUCAGUAUUACAGUUGAACAAAGGGAACUAUGGAGCUAUGAGGGAGGAGCUGGUCAAAGUUCAAUGGAGCAAUACCCUAGCAGGGAAGACAGUGGAACAAAAAUGGCAGGUAUUUCUGGGAAUAAUGCAGAAGGUGCAGGAUCGGUUCAUUCCAAAGAGGAAGAAAGAUCCUAAGGGGAGUAAGGGGCGGCUGUGGCUGACGAGGGAAGUAAAGGGCAGUAUAAAAAUAAAAGAGAAGAAGUAUGACAUAGCAAAGAUGACCGGGAAACUGGAGGAAUGGGAAGCUUUUAAAGAGCAACAGAAGAUAACAAAAAAGGCAAUACGCCAAGAAAAAAUGAGGUACGAAGGUAAACUAGCCAAGAAUAUAAAGGAGGAUAGAAAAAGCAGGCAGUGAAGAAUGCUAAUGGCAUGCUGGCUUUUAUAACAUGAGGAAUUGAGUAUAGGAGUAAAGAGGUCCUUUUGCAGCUGUACAGGGCCCUGGUGAGACCACACCUGGAGUAUUGUGUGCAGUUUUGGUCUCCAAAUUUGAGGAAGGACAUUCUUGCUAUUGAGGGAGUGCAGCGUAGGUUCACGAGGUUAAUUCCCGGAAUGGCGGGACUGUCAUAUGUUGAAAAAUUGGAGCGACUGGGCUUGCAUACACUGCAAUUUAGAAGGAUGAGAGGGGAUCUGAUUGAAAUAUAUAAGAUUAUUAAGGGAUUGGACACACUGGAGGCAGGAAGCAUGUUUCCGCUGAUGGGUGAGUCCAGAACUAGAGGCCACAGUUUAAGAAUAAGGGGUAGGCCAUAUAGAACAGAGAUGCGGAAAAACUUUUCAACCCAGAGAGUGGUGGAUAUGUGGAAUGCUCUGCCCCAGAAGGCAGUGGAGGCCAGGUCUCUGGAUGCAUUCAAGAAAGAGUUAGAUAGAGCUCUUAUAGAUAGCAGGGUCAAGGGAUAUGGGGAGAGGGCAGGAACGGGGUACUGAUUGUGUAUGAUCAGCCAUGAUCACAGUGAAUGGUGGUGCUGGCUAGAAGGGCCAAAUGGCCUACUCCUGCACCUACUGUCUAUUGUCUAUUGAAUCCAGCCAGCUCCUUCCGUGCUUUCUAUCCGUGCUGGAUUGCGUGUUGAGCUAGCAACUCAGCCUUGUAUCCAUCAGGAACAUUCUUCAGGAGCACUGUGUACACAGACAGGGCCCUUAUUAUUGUUACAGAUCCCACCCAUUCAUCUAACAUCCUCUUUGACUUUCUACCAUUAGGCAGGAGGCUACGAUAUAUGAAAACAAGAAUGAUCAGGAUGGGAAAGAGUUUCUUUUCUCAGGUCAUUAGGGUUCUGAAGACCCUGCUGCAAUGUUUUCAAAGUAUCGCUGGUUAAUCAGUGCAAUAUUGAAUACUAAUGCACUUUUGUUUGUUAUUUAUGUGUGAUCCAUCUGUAGAUUUUAACCUUACCUUCAUAAGUUAUCAUGUGUUAUGUGUACACCCUAGUUUGAAGAAAUCUCUUAUUUCUGUAUACAUUAUAUGGUUAUAUGUAUUAUAUACAUGUAUAUAGUUAAAUGACAAUAAAUUUUACUUGACUGAAAUGCUAAAGAAAUGGCAAAGUUGCUGCCUGAUGCUGCACAGGGCAAACAGAGGAACAACACCUGAAGCAUAGCUCUCCAUACUCCUCCCAUCCACUGACUUCUCUUAAACGUUGAAAUCCACCACUUCCUCUAGCAGCUCGUUCCACACUUGCACUGCCCGCUGAGUAGAGUUCCCCUUCAGGUUCCCCUCAAAUAUUUUACCUUUCAAUUUUAACCCAUGACCACUAAUUCUUGUUUCACCCAAACUCAGUGGAGAAAGAAAGCCUGCUUGCAUUUACCCUAUCUAUACCCCUCAAAAUUUUGCAUACCACUAUCAAAUCUGCCCUCACUCUCCUACGCUCCAGGGAAUAUAGUCCUAAUCUAUGCAGCCUUUCUCUAUAACUCAGGUCCUUGAGUCCUGGCAACAUCCAUGUAUCAUUUCAACCCUGUUGAUAACUUUCCUGUAGGUAGGUGACCAGAACUGUACAAUACUCCAAAUUUAGUCUCACCAAUGUUAUGUACAACUUCAACAUGACAUCUAUAUGGUUAACAAGGACAGACUCCUCUACAGAUGAGGCAGGUGGAGGCUGCUCUGUUGGGUAGGUUGAUAGUCUGGUGUGGUGCUCUCCUUCAGCCACUAGUAAGUAAUGUGUUGGGCCAAAUGGCCUAAUUAUGCUCCAUCAAAAUUGCUCUGCGAUUUCAUCAUGUCUGAUCCAUUUUCCCUCCCAGUCUCAAUCUCCUGCCUUUUCCCCACAUCCCUUCAUCCCUUGACUAAUCAAGGCCAUCUGCCUUAAAUACACCCAAUGACUUGGUCUCCACAGCCAGCUGUGGCAACUAAUCCCAAGGACUCACCACUCUGUGGCUAAAGAAAUUCCUCUGUAUCUCCAUUGAAAACGGACGAUCCUCUAAUCUGAGGCCGUGUUCUCUGGUCCUAGAUUCCCGCACCAUAGGAAACAUCCUCUCCACAUCCACUCUGAUGAGGCUUCUCAACGUUUGAUAGGUUUCAAUGAGGCCAUCCUUCAUUCUUCUGAAUUCCAGUGAGUAGUGGCCCAGAAUCAUCAAAUGCUCCUUAUACGACAGGUCUUUCAAUCCCAGAAUGAUUCUUGUGAAUCUCCUUUCAACCCUCUCCAAUGUCAGCACAUCCUUUCUUGGAUAAGGGGCUCAAAACUGCUCUCAGUACUCCAAAUGAGGCCUCACCAGUGCUUUGUAAAGCUUCAACAUUACAUCCUUAUAUAGGACGUAAUGUGUGAUCCCAAUAUCUAGCCUCAAGCUUCUCAAAGCCAUGCCAUACUUACUUUCUACUUUUAGCUGUCAUGGGACCGAGGUCCCCAACAGGCCACCAGGGCUGCGACAAUGCUGCGAUCUCUCGUUACACUUUCUGUGGAUUUUCUAAACAGGUUCAAUGAGAUAUCUUGCUAAAAAUUCAAGUUGUAUGCUUUUUGGAUUGUACAAUAGCAGUGUUUAGCAAGAGUUGGUUGAUGUGCAAGAAACAAUUAGAGUUCACGAAGAUUGCUGGAAAUAAGUGAUCUAUUUGUCACCAUUAGAUCCAUUUUGGUUCUUGAUAUAUUCAAAUCACUAGUUAAAGAGAAGACAGUCUCUUUAAACUAAUGGUCAAGUAGGAGAUUGAAUAAAAAGCAAGGGAGCUGCAAAAGACUGCAAAAAUAUACCAGUAAACAGAACUACAGUGGUAGGUGUGGUUUAAUCUAGAUUAAUGUGAAAUGAUUCAUAUUACAGAAAAUAAGCAGUGAGUUGGGGUCUAUUUGGCGAGGUGUAGAUCGGGGAACAUGUCUGUCCUUUGUGCAAUACAGAGAGUUUCUGUUUCAGUUAUUUAACAGUAGUUAUAGAUGACCACGUGGGUUAUUGGUGUGUCACACAUGCUACCACUAAAUAUGUACAAGCUGUCAGCAGGUUACUCUAUAUAAUGGUUCUUAGAGAAGUCUGAACACUAUGAGUGUAAAUAAUGUGAAUUUCUUUCAGGUGCCAAGAAAUACAGAACCACGUGUAGCCACAAGUAGCACAACAUCACGUCCUCAUGCAGGGUUUUUGACCUGAACCGUUCGAAAAUUCCUUUUCUUCCACCAACGAUGCCUGACUGGCUGACUUCCUCCAGCAGAGUGUUUGCUGUUCCAGAUUCCCUCAUCAGCAGCAGUUUCUCCUGGGCCUGCACGUGGGUACAGCACAUUUACAGGAAUUUCUGGUUCAGUGAGCCCAUGCUGUUCAGUUGCACCCGUGUGACUAAUUAACCUAUUAAGCCUUAUGUCUGGACUGCGGACGAACUGGGUGCACUUGGAGGAAACCCAUGUAGUCAUGUGGAGAAUGUACAGACUCUUUACAGACAGCAGUGGAACAGAAAACUAAACCACAAAACUACCAAACUGCUCCUGAAGUAAAAUGAAAUUUUAUCUUUAAGUUGUUGAUUAAAAUGUGUUUCCCUUGUACUACCUCAGUUCGCUGACGAGAUGACAUACAAAGUUUUUUUUACUGUGUCUCAGUGCUUAUGACAAGAAUAAACCAACGAUCAACUCACUGGGUUUUAGAUGUGCAC